AUGAAUGAUAAUAAAUUAAUUAUGAUAACAACUUUAUUAUAUUUAAUUGUUAAUCUUCUAAUUCAUAUUAUGUUUUUUCUAACAACAAUCUAUAAUAAUAAUAAUUGGCAAAUUUUUAAUAUAUCAAGACAUUUAUUUCAUCGAUAUUUUAAACAAACAGAUGCAAAAAGUGUUAAUUCAGUCAAUGUACAAUCAUUUGAUACUGAACAAUCUUGCUCAAAUGUUCUUCAAAUUGAACAAUCAGAAUCUCUUGUUACUAACAAGAUAUUUUCUACAUCUAUAUCAUCGUUUUCCUUAUCAUCAUAUAUCAUACUUGAAUCGGAAACAAUGUUAUUUCGAACGAUUCGUUCAUUUGGUCUUUUUUUAUGUACAUGUUUAUUAAUGGUUAAUUGGUUACGUUUAGGAAUAUAUCUAUUUCCAAUAUUUUAUCCAAAUAUAAUACAAUAUUCAACAAAUCUAUGUUACAUACAAAGUUUUUUUCUUCAUGUAUUAACGUUAUUUCAUUUCAAUUUAACUAUUAGUAUACGUCUUUUUUGGCAUUUUUGUACUGUAUUUAGUCGAUAUUGGCAAAUAAUAACUUAUCGUCGUUUAAUAACGAUAUUUAUAUGUAUUUUUAUUUCUUUAUGUAUUCUUACAUGGCCAAGUGUAAGUGAUGAGUGGGCAUCUAUUAUAUUUGAUAAUCUUUUAAAUGUUUGUAUUGUUAAUUAUACAUUUCAUUUAUCCUACACGUUUUUUAUCUUAUCAUUUACUUGUAUUAUACCAUUUCUAUUAUUAAUUUUAUCACAUUAUCGACAAAUGAUAUGUAUAAAACGACGAAUAUUAAAAUAUUUUACAAUAUUUAAAAUCGAACAAAAUAAACAAAAUCUAAUAAUUUAUCAACAAAAACAAUUUCAAUAUGCUUCAUGUAUUAUACUUAUUUGGUCAUUUAUUAAUAUUAUACUUUUAAUAUGUAUACAUAUACCUAUUGAACAUGAACGAUUAAUAAAAUCUUCGAUAUAUUUUAUACAAAUGUUUGCAUUUAUUUUCGAUCCAAUCUUAUAUAUGUUUAUAUUUCGUUCGUUAGCAAUUAUUACAUUAUUAAGACCGACAAAUGAACUUUACUUUUGA